AUGAAUAUUUCGACCUCAUUUGACGAUACUACAGCAUAUACAAAUACAGACCAACAUUUCGUAUUUUCUGAUCAAGAAAAAGACUUUGCAUUAAAAGCAAAACAAGAAUAUGAAAAGGGAAUGUAUGAAUCUUGUUUGAAAACGUUAAAUAAAUUACUAGAAUCGUGUCCGGAUGAUCCAAAAGUAUUAUUUAAUAUAGCUUUAACCGAAUAUUCACUAUCUGGAUUCCAAAAAACUGAUCAAUUUCGUUCAAGUCUACAAAAGAUAGCUGAUAAACUUCGAUGUAAUUUAGAUGUUGUUGAAACAUUAGAAGAUACAGAUCAUUGUGCAAUAUUUUAUUCAACUGCAGUGAUCCUGUAUCACAUGAAACAAUAUAAAGAAGCAUUAACGAUAACAGAAAAACUAUUUCGAUUUAUGGAACCUACAGAAGAAAGUUUAUCAUGGAAAAUCUGUAUGUUACUUAUCGAAUUGGAUUUAUGCACAUUUCAACCCGAAAAUGCUCUAGCUGUUUUGAUGCAUGCUGAGAAAAAUUUAAAUUAUCGUUUGAAUCCACCAACGUUAGAGAAUAGUUCAGCUGAAACAAAUAGUCAACAAGAUCCAGUAGUACAACCACAGCAGAUCAAUCUCAAUUUUAGAGAAGAAAAAUUUGAACACAUCAAAAUGAAAAUAAGUUUGUACAAAAUUCGUUGUUUUCUAAUGUUAAAAUCGUUGCGUGUAUGUAGAAAAGAACUAAAACAAUUAUCAACAUUGAAUAUGUCAUCUCCUAUAUUAUCUUAUCUUCGUGCUAAUUUUGAAUAUUUAAAAGAAAAUUACCAGCGUUCAUUGAAAAUUAUUACCACACAGAUAAAUCAUAAUGAAAAGACAUUGUUAGAGAUUGGUGUUAGUUUACAAACCGUAUUUUAUAAUAAUUUAGGAUGUAUUCAUUAUUAUAUGAGGAAAUAUUGUUUUGGAGCAUUCUAUUUUAGAAAAGCGUUAACGGAAAAUAAUCGUGUACUUAUGGAAUUGAAUAAAGUUCAAAGUAAUGGUAUCAGUGGUAAACCUUUGAUUGCUCUUAGUAGUAAUCGUAAAUAUGAUAUAUUGUAUAAUUUGGGCGUGCAAUUAUUAUUUGAACGUGAACCUUAUGCAGCAUUUGAAUGUUUGAUUGAAGUUGUGCGAUUAUAUCAUACAAAUAUUCGUUUAUGGUUACGAUUAGCCGAGUGUUGUAUACAAGCUUAUAAAUCAUCAAACGAUGACAUAUUUAAAUUAGAAGAAAAAUUAAAAUGUGUAUCAAAAACAAUCGGUACGGGACCAUAUCAUAAAUUAGUGUUAGGAAAUUGUAAUAAAAAUUCGAAACAAAUAUCACAAACAACAGACACAAGUACGAGUAGUAACAGUACAACAACUAAUAACAACACGUCACAAUCUUCUUCGACACCACCGCCACAACAACAACAACAAUCACUGCCAAAUAACACUGUAGUCAGUUGUUCGAUGGAAUUUGCCCAAUUAUGUUUGAGAAAUGCCUUAGCCCUAAUACCAAAUAUUACAGAUACUGAUCUACAGAAAGAAGAAGUCAAAUUGUAUCCAUCACCGCCUAGUAAUCCUAUUCGAGCAACAGAAAUGAUUUGUCUGAAAUGUUCGAUAUUAACGGCAUCAGCCUAUGUCUCACUGUGUUUGAACGAUUAUCAAAGUGCUUAUUCAUAUUCAUCGACAUUGUUGAAAGAGACAAGAGCAUCAGCGGGACAUAAAUAUUUGGCUCGAUUAUAUCUAGCCGAAAGUUUACUAGUAUUGAAUAAGAUUGAUCAAUCAUUAGCACAAUUAGAUCCAGAGUUAGUUAAAACAGAUCAAGAUUUAUCAUUCAAAAUACCAUUAACAUCUUCAAAUAUAAUUGAUAAAGAAGAGAAAUUAGAGUCACAAGAAUCAUUACCGGAAGCAAAAGUUGAGUUAUUUUCUUGGCUACCGAGAGAAGCACGUGUUGGUCAAGCAAUUUUUGUUAAUCUAUUUGGAAAAACGCAACCAGCACACUCAUUUCAACUCAAAUUUUAUCUCGAUUUGUUAGACGGAAAUCGUCAACGUUUGCAGGUAUUACUUAAAGAACAUUUUGGUCAUAUGACAACAAAUAAAACAUUUAUGGUUCGAACAAAUCAAUUAAAUUCUUCGACACCUCUUUCCACACAAGUACAGUUAUCAUCAUCACAAGCUCCAAUGACAUCUUCAUCAGCAUCUAUUUUAAACAAAUUAUUGUUAUAG